GUGACUUUCCGAGCUUCUUAGGAUUUCGUGUCCUCUUCCCCUCAUGUUUUCGUGAAUGGGAUCCCUUUUCCCGCGCGACCCCGGUGAACCGACUGCCACUGCGCUCCCUUUUCAGCAUCGGAAGCGGCGUGGGUACACACGUCGGGUCUCGUGUACGUUUCGCUUUGUAACGCUUGUCUGUCCACACUUUUUGUGGCAAAAGAAAUGGCGCAUAUCUGUGCACUUGUGCAGCGAUUAUGGCCGGUCGCGACCGCAGCUGCUACGUUGGUUCAGAGAAGUUGAAGUGACCGUCGUCGAUGGCGAUGCGGUUGCCUGUUGACACUCAUUCCUUGCUUAGCAGGCUUCCCCCUGUAGUCCAGUCGCAAAAUAUAUAAAUGUAUACUUUUAUGUUGAGGUAUGCAGACAGUAUGAGAACAGCAAAGGCGACAAGGUUCGCUGUGCUGGCUCUGAUAGGGGACUUACUCAAGCUUGUUAUGAGACAGCACUCUAGAGUCAGAAGGGCAAGCACACGCUGCACUGUUUCCUGUCAUUCGUCAAACAGGUAGGACUGCUGGUGCCAUGGUCCUUUUCAUCUGUGCAUCGAAAACCUCGUUUGAUGACGAACCACGGGCUCUCACCAUUCAGGGUCCGGGGUCCAUGUAAUAACGCCUACAGACAGUGAAUUGAGGAUGGUGCGAAGGGGGCAGCCACAUGCCCACUAUCUCUCUGGAUGACGCGACGAAAACUUUUUAAAAGCUGAAUUGAGUGUAUUUUUUUCAAGCGACUGCAAGUCAGCAGGGAGCAGCGUGAACGGGACUUCGGCGUCCAGCGCCGAAUUUUUUUUCAGCCGUUUGGACCCCGUCGCGUCGUUGAGCUUCGGUCGACAGAGCUCUCGUCACGCCCUUUUCCUCUCUAUCUUUCAAUGGAUCGGAUCCUCCACGGGUCUCUCGCUGCCUAGUCUUCUUGACUCUGUGGCGAGUUCAUUCCCUCUGGCCCUCUUUGAAAAAGACGUUGGCAUGUGUGUAGCGGGGCGUUGGCCUGUGGCAGGCUGCGAAAAUAUCCUCGGAUCUAGGUCGCCGCAACGCGCCCGCCGGUUCCUGUCUGCGAGGCCCGCAGCGAAGGACGGGCACCUCGAAAUCGGCUGGCGACGAAGCCUCGUCCUCGUCCCCUUGCUGCCCCUUCGCUCCCGAGGCGCGGUGUUGGACAAAUCGUUGUGGCUUUCUCGUUGACAAUGGCGAAAAGGCAGAAAGGACUGCUGCGGCAGUCGCCAUCGCGAACGAUCCGCAACGGUGUCGGUGAAACCGGCUCGCGCCCAGAAUCCGGGCCAGCUUCCCUCGCUCAUCGAGCCGCGCUGGAAUGCAACGCCUUCCAUAAAAAGUCCCUUCAACGCAGUCCUGCGUCGAUCCCUAGCGGAACUUCUUCUCCCGUACCACAACUGUACGCAAGCGCACAGGCUGCCGACGUGGUGAAGCCCUGCGAGCAUCCGCAGCUGAGUGCGGCGGCUUCUUCAGAAGAGCAAGCCGCAGUGCAACUCGUCCAGCAGACGCCAAGAAGGACCCGCGAAAACGAACGCAGCGAGGACGCGACCAGAGAGGCGAAAGGGAGCGCGUCCCUCGCCGUCUAUUCUCCUCGAGUUUCCUUCUGCGACGCAGCCGGGCCGUUCGCAGACCUUCUCAAAGGGUCGUCUGGAACAGAAACUCAAGACCCGCCCAACAGUCCGGACCUCCACAUGUGUACAGACUGCUCUGGCGUCUUGUCCGCUGCGUCGCAGCAAACGGCGGACUCCGACGCCUCGAAUGCAGACCGCAGCGAACUGUCAAAGUUCGACUUAACACCGCGCGCGACCUACCAGAGUUCCGCCACGCAGCAGGCGGGGCUUCUAGACACUCGGUCGCAGGAGGCGCGCGUCUUUUGCAUGAUGAACUCUCCGCACAACGCGAAGAGCGCCGCUGGUCGUACACAGCAGUCGCCUUCGGCAGCUCCAUCGUCUCCCGCGCUCCUCCCAACCGCUCCUCUGUCAGUGCCCCAGAGAGAUGUCUCAGAUCGACGACUCGCUCUGCAGACGCACUUGGCGACUCUCGAACGCAGACUCACUGACUUCCUCGGCAUCGUCGCCGCCGCCGCUCCCGGUGCCAUGGGUGCAGCCAUCGGAGUGGCUGCGGCGGGGCCUCCGGCGAAUCCGAGCAUGAGCUGCACAUCGGCCGCGAAGGGUGCGAGUUUUCAGGGCUCCUCCACUCGUCAGAAAUCCGUCGGACCCUGUCGAAUGGCUGUACAAAAAACGCCGCUUUGGGGGUCUGUAGAAGCCACGCUUGCUUCUUCGGCCGGCCGCUGCGGAGGUAUCUGGUGGCUCGGUCGUGAGGAGAGACCGUCGAGUCCGCGCUCAAGAGAAGCCGAUCAACUCGGCGAUACGCCACCGAAAAGCGAAGAGACAGGGGAGAGAGCCUCGACGCAAAAUGGAGACACUCGCCUCCCAGAGGGGGAGACAGCCCGUCGCGUUCCCACACACAGCCUGACAGAAAACUCCGGGAGUCCCCUCUCCGACGCGUUGGAGGCGAAGGUGCGAAGGUUGACAGAAGUUUCCUCACGAAUUCACCAGCACCCAGGCAACGCCCAUUCGCCGACAGGGUAUGUACAGGGCGCGGGGCAGGUGCCCCUGGCCAGAGGUUUGUUGUCUAUUGAUGUUGGCGCGACGUCUUGUCGCAGCUCCCAGAGCGUCAGCAGUCUCGCCAGCGAGACCAGUGACGUGAGUGGCGAACCGCGAACUUCGAGACAGACCGCAGUGUCCCCGAUGUCCGCGAUCGUUCUGAGAGACCCGGAGGAAACCGAGCGGGCGGUGACAAGUCCAGCGAGCGGCCCGAGUCCUUGGCAGCGCAGGGCAGGAGGCGCGCAUCGCCUCAGGAACGGCCGAAAGAGAAGCGGUGAGAGUGACGAGGCCUUGAGUGCGAGCAGAGACCGAGGCAUGACUUCGAGGAGUUCUGCACAGAGCAUCGCCGGCGUUCAGAAAGUAGCGCUAAAUCCGUCUGGAGGGGACGCAUUCUUCGAGAGUUCCGAUCUCAACACAGGCGGCUCUGGAUCGCGCGGAGUCGCCUCAGGUGGAGCCGCUGGCGACGGAGGCAACGCGGCCGACCGAGAGCGCAGAACCAAAAGCCCAGAGAGCCGUGAAGGUGCGGCAGAUAUUUCAAAUGCAUGCGCUCAGACGACCGGUUCCAUGGGGAUGCAGGAGCUCUCGCACGAGUCCUUGUCUGGCUUUGCGUGCCUUUCGGGAGCGGACUGUACACCUGCGCUCUCCUGCUGCUCGGUCUCUGCAUGCAGCGGCUUCGGACAUGGGUCAGCGUCGACGCCUGUGAGUCCUGAAAAGCCUACGGACUGGACAGCGACGCCUUCGACGGCAGUCACGUGUACACCCGAGAUGACAGCGAGUUCUCAGCUCUCGCUGGAGACAACUCAGCGGGUCCCCCUCCGUUUGCCGCCAAGUGAACGCGAGCGUUCUUUCGACAGAAAGGUGAACGAGAAGGCGCUGCAAACACCGGGUAAAGAGGCCAAACAGCCGGAGGGUCGGCAACUUGUCUCAGGUGCGCCUCUGGCUGCGACAAGAGGUGAAGACUGGAGUUUUCCGUCUGAUAAACGCCUUCUGGAGCGACGCGACCUUCCUGGCGAAGCCGCGCUCUUCCCUCAUGUCCCCACAUCCGGAGAGUCUCGGCUCGCGCCCGCUGCGUCCUCGCCCGACGCGGCUUCACGACACCCAGUGGGCUCCGCAGCGGUCCUCAGGGGCGCGUGCAGGCUGCGUCGAAGCGAGCCAAGAGACAGGUUCCCCCACAAAGAGAAAAAAGGCCCAUACGCGCCUUCCUGCGAACAGGCCUCUCUCCAGGCGAGGGCGGAGCAGCUCAGCAGACCCGACACUGGAGAGGGAAUUCCGAACCAGCUACUGCAGCAUCUGCUGCUCGUUCUCCAGUGUCUAGAUCAGGUGAAGAACAUGCAAGCGGCGCUCCACGUGUGUGUGGCGCCGCCUGCUGAGGUCCGGGGCCUCGAGGCUCCUUCUGGCGCUCUGGACACUGCGGAAGUCUGUCUGCCGUCGACAGCGGCUCUGCUGUCGGCGACCGCGGCCCUGACCGACGAGGUGGAUCUGGUCGGGCACCGCUGGAGAGAACGGGGGCGCCUCGUGGCGGACGUCGCCUUGAAGAGCACACAUGCAGCUGCGAUGGCCGGCGCUCUUGCUGCACUUCCUUCUUCGGAAGAGGCCCCAAAACGGCGAGGCGCGUUUCGACGCCAGGCACCCAGGGACCAGGCAGACGCCUUCGAUCGGCUCUCUGCGGCCGUACUGGCGGUCACGGAGGCAGCCGCCGAUGCAGCGGCUUGUGCUGCCCAUGAAACUGAGGACGACAGAGAGACAGAACUUUUGAAGCGAGGCCCGCCGGCCAAUCGCUUGGAGAAGCGCCCGAGCUCGCGACCAUUCAGAGAGAGCGGGUGGGGGUGCAGGACGCAACUUCCGAAGGAGAAGCUGCGUUUCUUCAGACGGUUUUCCACCCCGGGAGGGAGAAGCCGACACGCGACAAGAAGCUCUGCAUGCGCCAAGGAAGGGAGGCACUUGGAAGACGCAAGGGAUCGCCAGAGACGUCGGAAGCGCAUGGUGCAGCAGUCCAGGCUGGACGGCGAACGUGAGAAGCCGUGGAGAACUCAGAGGGAGGCGGCAGGCUGCCUUCGGAGCAGCGGCGACGCGGCGUCAAGUGAGAGCGAGCCUGGAGCGAAUGGAGUGAAUGAAAAGAAGAGCGACGCUGACGGACGUCGCUGCCUCGGAUUUUCCUCACGGCUGAGCCUCGAGCCAGAGCUGCGCAGACGCGAGGACAGUCAACGUUUGAAGGAGGCGCGAGAGCGGAAACAGAACGGGGCUCUAUCGCUCCUGCAAGGGAGCUGGGUCAUUCGCCUCUUGCCGCCCGCUUCUCCAGAAAGGAAGGUUGAACAGAGAGGCUGCGCGGCGGCGGCUCGUUCCGCGGCCGCGAAUUUCUUCUUGUCUUUCGCUGGAGGACGAAGGGGGAGGGAAACUGCCUCAAGGCAGGAGCCCGAGGCAGAGGCCUCCUCCAGCUUUGCGUCCAGACUCUUUCCUGCGAGAAGGAAAGCGAGUGGAAGCGAUAGAGCCAGACAGCUGCCUCGACAGGAAAAAUGCUUUCUGUUCGUUUCGGCAGACUUCAGCCACCUCUGCUGCGCGGCGAGCCCACCGCCGAGCGUCGUUCGAGCUACCGAGGGAUCCCGGGCGGCAGGCGAUUUAAGGCGCGCCGUAUGCACGACCACGGAAACCGCUUGCAGUCUGGGAGGAGCGGCGACCUCAAACGUUUCGAGAAAAGACUCCCGAGAACUGUGCGCCGGAGAAGGGAGCAGGGGCAAGGACGCGGCGAGAAGACAGGCGACGCCGGCAGCAGACGCCUGCCUGUUUUGCCAGGGGUCCCGACGGACUCAAGCACUCUCAAACGGGGACGGCACUGAAGCGUCCACGGCAAAGAGUGAGAGGCAUGCCGAUGACUGGACAUUGGCUGAAGAGACGGUCGAUCACGGCUUCGGAGCAACUUCUGGAAGCGAAAACGGAGAAAGUAUCGUCGGAGGCUCCCCCUCGUCUUCACAGAAAAAGCCAGGAAGCGAUCUGCCGUUCCAGGGUGUACAGACACCUGGGUCAAAUUGGGAAUCAGAGGGUUGCGGAGGGACCGGGGCGGAUGAGCUUCUGGCGUCUCCGUGCAGAAGCCAGCCGCGUCUCCACGUUGCACUUCCCGAAACAAAGGGAGUGCAUGCGGUUUCGCCACUGGAGGAAAGUCGCGCUGGGGAUAUGCUUGCUCCAGGGAUUUCCUCCCAGUCGCUGGAAGCGAAGACUUGCUCCCCGACCCGGCUCGGGGCUGACCGGACGGUUCCUUGCUGCGAUCGGCCCUCAGCAGCCGCGACUCGAGUUCGAAUCUCCGAGGGAGAAGGGGGCUCGACUGUGUUGGGAUUUUGCUGUUUAAGCGAUUCCAGCGUAGCCGGUAGCCGCAUGAGUCGAACCUCUGCCCAGCGAAUCACUCCGGUCGUCGCGUCUCCCUGUUGUGCUUGGGAGGAACGGACCCCAGAGAGUGAGUGCUCUCUCUGCGGGGACAUGACGGCAAGCACCGUCAGUGCUUUGACGCCGGAUUACCGGAGAACGCCUUGUCAACAGACAGAGAGUCUAGAUCGCGCAGGUUGCACGUCGCAGCUUAAGGCGUCGGGCAGCGCUGUUGUAGCUUUUUCGGACGGCCAGGGAGGCGACUCGGAGGGCGCGGAUACAGACGCGAGUGUCGCGCCGUCUGUGCUCUGUGUGGCUCUGCCUGCCUUCGCUUCUUGCCAGCGAAGGAGACAAGGGAGAGCGAAUCGAAAGGCUUGUCUCUCGUCUGCGUCGUCCCCGACAACUGGGGAGCCCAGACACGCAGCGCGUGAAGCGCGGCGCCCUAGAAAAGAAACCUCCCUCCAGACUGCGUGUGUCAAGCGCUCCGCCUCCAAGUCCUUCUUCAAUGCAUGCAGCGGGAGCGACAGCGGCGGCCGGCGCGACCAGCGGGACAAGGUAUUGAAUCCUCUAGAUCGACGUUCGGAACCUAGACGCCCCAGCUGGGCUGUCGCAACUUCCUCUGAGAGCUCUGGGAAGACCUCCCGUCGCCUGGAGACUGCCUCGAGACAACAGGCCGUCGGCGCAAGGGGAUCCCCGUUGGGAGUGGCGCCCUCUCAGUUUCCGUGGAAGUCUCCUCAGUUGAUCGUUCCUCUCAGCGCCGUCGAGAGCGUCGAAUACGGAUACUCGAGCAGCGCCUACCAUCGUCUCCAGAGAAGCAACUGCGCGCCCCUAGUGGCUGUCCCUCCUUAUCUCUGCUGCUCGAUUCGCGUGAGAAGAAAUCGCGACCAGACACAGGAAGGAAGCGAGAGAGGAAACCUAACGGACUGCAGCUCUGCAGCCAGCGUUGCUUCCUGCUGGAGCGCAUGCACGCCACAGGCCAAGCCCGAGUCGAGGCGCUGGGGCACCGAGGGUGGGAAGACCCCUCGGACUGGCCUUACUCGCGAAGACGAUUUGGAGGCGUUCGACUUCAUUGUCCUCAGCGAAAGCGACGCUGCCAAAUGGGCAGUCAGUUUGAACAGCUUGAUUCGGCACGAUCCGCGUCGCGUCCGCUUCACCGCCGAGGAGUUUUCUUACCAGCUUCAUGUUAUGCGCCAGCACCACACACAACGCCUGCGCCUCGAAUGUCUGUUGGCCCACACGCAACUGCAUGCGCGGCGCGGACCUGAAGCUCGCUCUGAGAGUGGGUCCAAGAGGCGUUGCGAGAGGCGAGAGCCUGCGGACUCGGCUCACAGCUCCGCCUCUCGGGCCGCAGACUUGGAAGCCCUCGCCGGCAUCCAAGACUUCACCACAGCGAUUUCGGGGUGGCAGGAGGUACACCGAAACGCAAGUAGUGCUUUGAAGAUAGGCAACGUCAGGUCUCGCAGCGAUCGAGACAGCGAUUUCGUUGUGGAGAGCAGCUUAUUAGGAGGAAAGAUUUUAGAAGGUGAGACGCUAGAAAGCGAAGCGUCAGAAAGCGAGGCGUCAGAAAGCGACACAGACGCUUCGUGGCGAGACGCGUCCUGCGAGAGCUCUCGGAGGUACGAUUUCAGGCAAGGGGCGAGGCGUCCUCGACGCCGGUGCGGACCCUACAGAUUCUCUUCUGCACCGCCACAAAUCUGCGGUUGCAGCUGCUGUAGCACGACUACAGGAAGUGGAGCUGAUUUAAACAGUGGGGACGAGUAUGUGCGCUUGAGGUCCUGGGCUCCGUCUGCUCUCUCUCGGCUUCCGUCCAGCUUGCGCGGUCCCUCCUCAAGGCGCGGACGAACGCCUGGAGACCCGAGAAUGACGAGGCCCCGCGUGGCUCCGAAGGCGGGAGACACCCCGACCCGGGGAGCGACGUUCUCGCGUGCUCUCAAGAGCACCGAGGCGGAGGGCGACGGCAGCCAAUCACGCGCUUGCGCCUCCGUUGGAGAGGCAAAUGUUGUCGAUGAUUGCGCUGGGAGACAAGGCUGUUCGCGCCCAAGGAGUGUGGGGAUUCGUACGGCUGCUGUCUCCUCGCCGUCGCUGCCGGCGCCUAAAACCUCAGAGGAGCAAGGUGCCCCGGGCGGUUGCGGCUUCGGACUGGCGGGGACGGAGCAGGAAGAAAACACACUUCCAGACGCCUCAGAGCCCCCCAAAAACGCUGAGAGUCGAGAGGAAAAGGCGAAUCAAAAUACCCAGACGCCAAGCACUUCCACCGCCCAAGUCGGGCCCGUUCGGGGGCAGUCCCCGCUUCGCCGUGGCAUGUCAGACGUCACUCCGGGAGCUCUGGGUGUCAAGAGGAGCUCGGGAGUUUCUCGGUCGCUUCCGACCCCAGCGUUGGCCAAUUGCCCCAGUAAAAGCUUGGUUGGGGGUCGUCCUGAGCUUGUGCCGAACUCAGUUCUCGGCCGAGAGCCCGCUGCACUUCUGCGUGCGAAUUCCAGCGUGUCUGGUCAGUCCCUUCCGGACGAACAAGAAAGAUUUGAGUCCAAGGCGAUGAGGAGCCUGUGGCGUAGCAGGAGUUACGCCGCUCCCGCAGCUUCCGCCGAGAUGCGGCGAUGGGCCUCUGCCGGUGUCUCCUCUGUCUCCAACUGUGGCUCGCAGUCGGGCCGCGGGACACCCGCCUCAAAGGCGUCCACGACUGAGGCUCUUUUGCGGUUCCUGAACCGGAGCUGGAAAGCGAGCAGGCGCAAGGAGGCGAGAGUCUCCCACACGCAGUCAGAACACCGAGGGACAGAGGGACUCGUCUCCGGAGAACAGUCACCUCCGUGUAUGGGGCCCAGUCGUGGGGGGCCUCCCUCCGGCCCUGCCACCCAGUCGUGUCUCUGUCGCCUUCCUCCUCCAGCCCUUCUCCCUGGCGACAAACUUGACGCGAGUCGGAGCGUCCAGAGAGACACGGAGAAAGCGGAGUUCUUCUCUCCUGUCGUUGUUGGGUCUCACCCGCCGUUUUAUCUAAACGCUGUCCGAUCGUACGUUUCAGGCCUCUUGUCCCCUCCCCACAUCACGCAAGGGGCGACCUGGGUCGUCCCUGGUCCCUUGGAGUGUGGCGGCUGUGCUGCCCCCGUCCGGAUGCACCAAAGGCAUCAAAAUCAAAGACUUGUCGAGAGCCGCGGCAGCGCCUGUGAAGCACUGGAAGUGAUACCUGGUCUGUCCGUGGAGCCUCAAGGCGAGGGCGAAGCGCGAGUCUCCAGAGGCGGCCUGUCCAGCUCAGUCCCACUGGCUCCUUCGGGUGCGCAGUCUGAGGCGAAGAGAUGGAGGUCCCUCACUCGAGGUUUCGGCCUCUUCGCCCGGCGCCGACCCUCCGAGGAAGCCACACAGGCCGCCGCGGGAAGGCCCGUACUCAAACGGUCUGCAUCUUGCUUCACAGCGGGAGACAGACACGCCUCGUGCAUGCGCUUCACUGAGGCCUCAGCCUUCCCGUGGUCCUUGAGGCCAACAGUCGAGCCCGCGUCCCAGACCCCCGCCGCCGGAAGCUGUAGAAGCUGCAGCGCCACCCGGUCGCUUCCACAGGGAGACGCGGACGAACUCCACUGCAUGCAGUCGGUCGGGGACGAGAAGGAACAACUCGAAUCUGCUGCGCCUGAAGCCAGUUUUCCCCUCGGGAUUUUCGUCCCUUCCUUUCCUCCCGUCUUUGGGGGCAGGCCGUGCUGUCUCCAUCCCACUCAUCAGGGGGGUCGUGCAUGCAACUGGCGUCGGGACUGGGCCGGUUGCAGCUUUCCACUGGCGUCUCUACACGAGGUUUGUGGGACAGCAGACAACGGGGACAUUGGAGGAGUUGGGGGGACACCCUCGGGGCCUGUAGGACCAAGUCUGCUAGGGACGCACACCGCCGGGUGCGAGACUGUAUUUGCGGAGAAGCUUGUCGUCCCUCUUCAUCAGACUCUCCACAAGUUCCUCCACAACCCACAUGACCCCGAGAAAGGACCUGUCCCCCCAACCUGCUUGCAUCGCAGGCCACCCAUCCUGGCCGUAGGAGGCAUGUUGUACCGCUGUCAAACUCACGAAUGGUGGACACCGAAAGGGGAAAGCGAUCAGCCUGGAGCUGGCGAACUGGCUCCACUGUGGCCCACCGCUCGGCUCCAGGUGCCUGUCUCCUCGCCUCACGAGUCCGAACAGAACCUGACGGCGGUGUCCGAUCGGAGCCAAGAUCUCCAGGUUUCGCGCCGAGGUUCCGCGCCUCCGCGUGAGGUUUCAGCCUCCGCUGAGGGGUGGAAGAGGAGAGGAGAAGAAAACACAGAGAAAACAGAUUUGCCCGCACCCGUUUCUUCUGACAUUCAAAGCAAGCAAAUCAGAGAAUGGCUACCCCAGGAGACAGAAAGCUCCCCAGAGACCCUCAUGACUCCAGUUGCAGUCCCUUCUCUGCCGGCUGGGGUAGGCGACGAAGAUGAAGAAGAAGUCCAGUUCUGUAUUUUCAGUGAGGACGAAGAGACACGGAAAGGUGAACGGGACGGGCUGCAUGCAGCACAAAGAUGUCCUGUUCCGUGAGCGCCCCGAGUCUCGGCCACUUGAAAGAAUCCCCUAGUUUGUGGGAGGCCUCAAGGAUGGCUUUGUCCUCUCAGUGCGGCCUCUCAGCUUAUCAUGUGUGGGAUUGGGUUCCUUUCCAUAGCGACCCCUACAACUCCAUCCUGCUGCUACUUCUCUAACUACAUGUUUAACGCCAGCAAAUGAAGGAAUGGGCGCAGCAACGUUUGUGAAAACGUCCUUCGGUUUUAUUCAUGUCUCCUCUGUCGAGUGAAGCAGUCGCGUGCAAAGACGCAUGGUUUCACAGUUGAGACUCCAGAGAAACUGACACGCGGGUCGAUGUCUCAGAACAUGGAGCAGGUAAACGCCUUGGGGCCCACUCCCGUGAUGCGCUCACAAAAAAGAGAUUGACGUUGGUUAGCAGAUAUUCGCGUAAACCAGACAUCCCAACAGUAGGCAAGGAACUAACGUGUGAAUGUCAAGCUAACCCCAAAACUGUAGAAAAAUCGUAAACUAGCUAAAGUGAAAAAGCUGAAAACAGUGUCUCUCGCCAACAGCGAAGAAAACAAAACUGCUCUGAGAAUUCGUGAGCGAAGCCGAGAGAAUACGGCCGUUCUGAAACUGCAAAAAAGACAUGCGAUGAAAUGACUGAGUCCAAUUCAUUUGCCUCUUUUUUCGUGAAGCGUCAGGGCCUCCACGUGCUCAGCUGUCUGUGCGGAAGCAUGGGACAAAGCGAAAUCCAUUGAGGUGCCACUGCUUUUUGGUAUCCACCGUCAAAUCCUAAGGAUUCUAGCUGUGAGCUUUGGCG